GCACACCCGGAAGCGGCGCGACUGGAGCGGAGCCUGGCGGGCGUGGGAACCCAGGCCCCGCCGAGGCGGCCAGGAGGUGAGAUGGCAGCUGGGCAAAAUGGGCACGGAGAGUGUGUGGGCAGCGCAUACCUGUUUGUGGAGUCCUCGCUGGACAAGGUGGUCCUGUCGGAUGCCUACGUGCACCCCCAGCAGAAGAUGGCAGUGUACAGGGCUUUGCAGACUGCCUUGACAGCACUCCUUGCUCAAGACCCCUCCCCAGUACCUACCCUUCCAGGCCCCGCUUUCCCAUGUCAGGGCAGAGGCUACAGGAGGCUGAAGCGGGUUGGGGGAUCUGUUCGUGGCCUCAGAGCGGCGAGAGCCCCUCUCUUCUUCCCGAGCAGUGGGAGCCGAGCUUGGUGGAGGCUGAAGACCUGAGACCUCCCGCCCUCCUCUGCCCUGCUGGCCGCCUACCCAGGCUUGGUCACCCAGGGAACAUGCUUCCUUUUCUGUGCUACAAAGUCACUCUUUUGCCAGCUCUCAUUUGGGACAUGGGAGCUGGGGCUAGGUGGCACCCACUUUGGCUUGGGGUGCUCCCUGUGAUAGGUCCUGGUCUUCUUUCUGGGUUGUUGCUGCCCAAUUUUUGUUUCCCAUCUGGGCACUCGGGGGUAACUGCACCCUGGGUCAGGGGGAUGGGACGGCGCUUGACCACAGCAGGCCUCGCCCCUCCUCCGGCCGCUUGGAGAACGGCCGAGCUUGGGGACCGUCUGGCGCCUGACCGCCCGGCGCCUGACCGCCCGCCUCCGCAGAGAGCGGCGGGAGCCCGGACGUGCUGCAGAUGCUGAAGAUCCACCGCAGCGACCCGCAGCUCGUUGUGCAGUUGCGAUUCUGCGGGCGCCAGCCCUGCAGCUGCUUCCUCCGCGCCUACCGCGAGGGGGCGCUACGCGCCGCGCUGCAGAGGAGCCUGGCGGCCGCGCUCUUCCAACACUCGCUAUCGCUGCAACUGGAGCUGCGCGCUGGCGCCGAGCGGCUGGACGCUUUGCUGGCGGACGAGGAGCGCUGUUUGAAUUGCAUCCUAGCCCAGCAGCCCGACCGGCUCCGGGACGAAGAACUGGCUGAGCUGGAGGAUGCGCUGAGGAACCUGAAGUGCGGCUCGGGGGCCCAGCGUGGCGACGGGGAGGUCUCUUUGGCCCCCUCGCAGCUCCCCGUGCCCUCUCUGUCAGAGGUGAAGCCGCGGCCGCCGCCAAUGCCUGCCCAGACUUUUCUGUUCCAGGGUCAGCCUGUAGUGAACCGGCCGCUGAGCCUGCAGGACCAACAGACGUUCGCGCGCUCCGUGGGCCUCAAAUGGCGCAAGGUGGGGCGCUCACUGCAGCGGGGCUGCAGAGCGCUGCGGGACCCGGCGCUAGACUCGCUGGCCUACGAGUACGAGCGCGAGGGGUUGUAUGAGCAGGCCUUCCAGCUGCUGCGCCGCUUCGUGCAGGCCGAGGGUCGCCGCGCCACGCUGCAGCGCCUGGUGGAGGCACUUGAGGAGAACGAGCUCACCAGCCUGGCAGAGGACUUGCUGGGCCUGACUGAUCCCAGUGGCAGCCUGGCCUAGACCAGGGGUGCAGCCAGCUUUUGGAGAACCUGGAUGGCCCCAGGGUUCCUUCUGCUGCUGCUGCUGAACCCUUGUCCAUCCACUUGGCCUAUCUGCUGGACCUGCUGAGGCAGUGUUGACUGCCUUCCCCAGGAGCCAGACCAGCACCCACCGAGCCCGCUGGGGGUGCACCAUUGGGGAUUCUGCCUCAGGUACUUUGAUAAGAGUGUGGGGGAAUCCGCUCCGGAGAUCAGCCUCACCUUCCCCUACCCCAGAAGUGGGACUUACAGCCAGCCCUUACGGUUUCACUCAUGAAGCACCUUGACCUUCAGUGUCCUGGACUUCAUCCUGGGUGUUGCAGAUACUGCAGUGAAGUAAAACAUGGAUCAGUCUUGCCUGCCCCCCGCUCACACUCAGCAUGGGACCCCAAAUGUAAAGCAAUGAUAAAGUGUAACAUGGUCUUUGCUGUGAGAAA